GCUGAUGUCAACUCCACCAAUUCUACCUCCAUGGUAUCCACCGUACCCAGAAUUUCGUACUCGAAGCAUCACCUUUUCUUCAUUCUCACCCAUAAAUAUCACUGAGAACGACAACAAUUAACUAUUUUAAUGGUAAUUACAAGUGCAUCUCGUUAUUAUGGCCCAGGAGACAGUUUUGGGGUUGUAAAUCGGGAUACCUUAAUAAAUAAGUAAAUAUAUAUGAUGAAAGUACGACAAUGGGAGAGGUUCUUAAUCAAAUUCGUAUCCCCUUUCUAUUUAGUUUGUCCCAAUAAUAUAUCAAGACAGCCAUAACGUGCAAAAUAGUUACACAAAUAAGUAAAUAAUUAAAUACGUAAGCCUUGUAAUGGGGUGAAAGUACGACAAUGUGAUACUAAUAUGCUACAGUAAUACAUCUAGACAGCCAAGAACAAGCAUCUAACCAUCCAAUCUAUAGACAUCAAAUACAAAAUAGUCACAGGGAUAAAUAAAAAUAUAAAUAAAGCCUUGUAAUGGUAGUAUAGCAAUGAGGUAAAUAGAAUACGAUAAUAUAGUCACGCUGGUCAGCUGUUGAGGCCAAACAAGACGACGAAGAAGGCGAAGAAGGAGAAGGAGACGAAGAAGAAGAAGGCGACGACGCGGGCACGGGAGGACCUGCGUGCCUAUUCCUGUGCCUGCCUGAAGAAGAAGAGGAAGAAGGAGAAGAACAGUAAAGAAGAGGAAGAAGAGGAGGAGGAGGAAGUAGUCAUUGAAGAAGACGAAGGAGGAAGAGGAGGAGGAGGAGGAGCUGCGUGCCUGUCCCUGAAGAAGAGGAAGAAGGGAAGAAGAAAAACACUACAGAAGAAGAUAAACAACACUAACGGACACUUGUGAACACCCGCAUACCCGCUUGUCCGUACGUGUCCGUGUGCCUGAAUAACAACACAAAACAAUAAUAACAAAAAAAAUAACAAACAGCAAACAAGAAAAAGAAGAUCACAGAAGAAGAAGAACAAGACUAACGGACACUUCCAAACACGUACAUACCCGCUUGUCCGUGCUUGUUCGUGGGUGUCCGGGCCUGUUCGUGGAUGUCCGUGUGCUUAAAGAAGAACACAAAACAUUAGCAAAAAGAAGAAGAAAAACAACAGGAAACAAGAAAAAGAAGAUCACAGAAGAAGAACAAGAGUAACGGACCCCUGUGAACACCCGCAUACCCUCUUGUUCCUGACUGUCCGGGCCUGUUCGUGGGUGUCCGGGGGGCGCCAUGGGGGGCAGCACAUCGAGGCUUAAGAGAUGGAUGAGCAGCGGCGAUGGGGAGGUGGCGGGCAUGCAGGGCAACGAGAGGGCCGUCAAGAGGCUCGCCACGCCCUUCGUCUACUGCAGAAGAGGGUCCAUGUACCGGGACGAAGACGGAGAUGUGGCCCAUGAGUUCUACGAGGAGGUGCCGCCCCUGAGGAGAGGUGUCAAGGCGACCAUGCGACAGAUCCUGACCAAUCUCACCCCACAGGGUGACGUGAGACUUCCCUUCCCCUGCCUACACACCGACUUCCCGAUCGUGCUGUACCAAGACUCCCAGGAUGACCCCAGAGUGACCCAGCGGUGACCCCAUGGCCCGCGCCUCCUCUAGGGUGCGUCAUGCGGGCCAGGAUACACAGGUUAGCCGAGGGGAGCUGCCGGAAAGGCCUCGGCGAUAUACGUACGGAGACGCACUCAGUCGAACCCACUCAGCACCCACUGAUCGUAUUGUGUGGUGUGUGCGUGUGCGUGUGUGUGUGUGUGUGUGUGCGUGACGGCGCUGUGGGUGUGUGUGUGUUUUGUUGGUGUUUUAUUUGUCCCGCCUUGUUUCCUUCCUCCCUUCCCUCCCUCCCUCCCUCUUUGUUUCCUCCGUAACUUCCUUCCUUUCCCUCCAUACCUAAUGUUUUGUAUCUCUCUCUCUCUCUCAUUUCUGUUACCAUUUUGUCUUUCUCUCUCUCCUCUCUUUCUCUUCCUUUUUUCCUCCCUUUCUUUCUCUCUCUCUCCCUUUCUUCCUUUCUUCUUUCUCCCUUUUCUCUGUUUUUAGUUUUCUCUCUCCUUCCUUCCUUCCUAAUACUAGUGCCUUCCUUCCUUCCUUCCUUCCUUCCUUCCUUCCCUCCCUCCCCAGUGAUCUCAGUUCUCAUUCCAUCCACUUUAUUAUGUGGAAUGUUGUUGCUCAAAUGUCCCUCCUCCUCCUCCUCUUCCUCUUCUUCUUUCUCCUCCUCCUCCUCCUCCUUCUCUGUCAUUCUUCUUUCCUUCACCUCCUCCUUCUCCUCCUCCUCUUCCUCCUUCCAUAUUUGCCAUCACACUACCAUUUCUUCUUCUCCUCCUCUUCCUCCUCCUCCUCCUCACUAACCUCAUCUUCUUCCUUCUUCCCCACACCAAACACACAUAUCUUACCCUCCUCCUCCUCCUCCUCCCCAUAGACUCUGGUUGUGAUGACGUUAAUAAUAAUGAUGAUGAUGAAGACAUGCGUUUGUUCAUUCGUUCGUUCGUUGGUUCACGCGUUUGUUAGUUAGUUUGUUACGUUUGUUUUGGUUACGUUUUUAAGUUUUGCAGCCUUAGUUUUUUUUUUCUGUGUGUGUGUGUGUGAGAGAGAGAGAGAGAGAGAGAGAGAGAGAGAGAGAGUGGUAUCACAUACUAUCCCUCUCAAUUUUUUUUUUUUUCUUUUCAAUCUUUUUUUUGUUGUUGUUGCCUUUAAAAAUAUUUCCAGCUAGUGUGUGUAUGUAUGUAUGUGUGUGUGUGUGUGUGUGUGUGUGUGUGUGUGUGUGUGUGUGUGUGUGUGUGUGUGUGUGUAACCCUUUUUUCCAUAUAUUUCAAAGACUUGUAAAUAUAAAUAAUACAGAGUUAAAAUAAUAAUAAAAUAAAGAAAGA